AUGCGCUGCUGGACGUUCCUGGUGGUGCUCCAGAUUCUCAACGGCUCCUGCGCCUAUGCAGCAGAGAGCUGUGAGACCGAUGAGCUAGCGGCUGUUCAGGUGCUCCGUCGCAGUGAAGAUGCAAGACCCCGAAGGCUCAUUCGCAAGUUCAAGCGUGCCAUCUAUGAGUGGAGCAAGAAGAAGCACUACUACUACAAGACCACCACGCCUGCUCCGCCUCCGCCGCCCCCACCGUCUCCUCCCAGCCCAGGCUGCGGGAAAGGUUGCUGCACCUUCAACCGCAUCGGAUUCUUUCAGGGUUGUCAGCAGCUCGAUGCGACAUGCAACGACACGGAACAAAGGUUCAAAAUUGACUCGGUGGAUGUGACGGAGGACCUGAAAACCGCUGUCUACACAAGCACGAGACGAUACCAAGACAACUACACGAUAGGUUUCGUGGACAUUACCGAUGCGGCGGUACCCACCCCUCUGGGUACGCUGAAAGUCCCGAACAAGCCCACGGACGUGGCUGUGAAGGGCUUCCUGGCACUAAUUCCUCUCGGGCCGAUCAGUCCUGGGAAUCCUGCCGACUUCGGGCAGCUCUUGAUCCUCAACGUCACUACCCAAACCGUCCUGCGCACCAUCGAGCUUGGAGGGCAACCCGACUCUGUGGACAUCAGCCCGGAUGAGACCUGGGCCGCCAUCACCAUCGAAAACGAGGCCGCCGGCACCUUUCCUGAGCCCCCACCCGGCUUCCUGGUGCGGGUGAACAUCUCCGACCCGGAUCCCAUGGCCUGGACCACAGAUAACAUCAGCCUCACCGGUCUCCCUGGCGUUCUCUACCCAGACGACCCCGAGCCGGAGCAGGUGAACAUCCGCUCGGACAACGUGGCUGUAGUCACACUGCAGGAGAACAAUGCCAUCGUCUUGGUGAACCUGACGAAUGCCUCCGUGAUCUCCAGUUUCUCGGCUGGCACCAUGAAUAUUACGGACAUUGACAUCUUCGAGGACCGGAGGAUCAUCUUGAACUCAACCCUGACGAAUGUCAGCAGGGAGCCGGACGGCGUGGUCUGGUUGGGGAAGAAGUCGGAAUUCUUCGCCACCGCCGACGAAGGAGACUUUCAAGGAGGAAGCCGUUCCUUCACGGUCUUCAACGAGAACGGAGAGAUUGCCUUCAGCUCAGGAAACUUGCUUGAGCUCCUGGCCGUAAGGCUCGGGCACUACCCGGACGAGCGCUCUGAGAACAAGGGCGUCGAGCCAGAGAACCUGGCAUAUGGACAGUUCCAGAACUGUGAGAUGCUCUUUGUCCAAUCCGAGAGGGCGAGCCUGACAUAUGUCUUCGAGGUUUCGAACGCCAGCAACCCGAAGUACCUGCAGGCACUGCCCUCAAUCAGGACCCCGGAGCGCGGGAGGGCCAUCCCUCGACGGAAUCUGUACAUUACAGCUUCUGAAGAUUCGGACCUUGACCUGGACAUCCGAUCCGGCUUGAACAUCUACCAGUGCCAGUCAACUCAAUAUCCAUUCUUGGAGUCCAAAAACGUGGAUGGCCUGCCCAUUCCCUGGGGAUCUAUUGCGGGACUUACUGGAGAGGGUAACGACACGCUCUGGGCCGUCGAGGGCGCGUUCUUUGCUGAGCCGCAGAUCCUCAGAAUCCAGAGUACCAGGCACCCCCCAAGGAUCGAUAGAGCCAUCAGCAUCACCUAUCCGAACGGCACCUUCUUGCAAAACCUCAACAUUUCCGGAAUCGACAUCAACGACGAGGGCUUCGUGAUCGUGGACCAGACGACAGAGAGCCUCCUGCUCCUCAACAACGGUGGUGUCCUCCAAGACUCUUUCGCAAUCAACAGCAGUGAUGCUCCAUCCGGCGUGGCAUAUGACCCAGAUGUCGGCUAUGUGGUCACUACGUACGGGGGGACGGUGAUAGUGUGCAACUUGACGACACCGGUGUGCGGCGAGAAGAACUUCACUUAUCCCCUGGACGCUCCGGAGUCACAGGAUGGUGGGGUGGUCGCGCUGCGCGACAUUGCAGCACUUGGCGAUGGCCACUUCCUGUUCCUGGAGACGGAUGGCCAGGGCGGCUUCGACGCAGCCGUGCGGCGCAUUUACAAGGCAGAACUACCACAAGGCAAUGAGACGGUGAUUGAGAAGACCUUGGUGGAAGAUUUCUUGCUGGAGCUGCAGGACUUACGGGGACCUGUGCUGCAACGUUUCGACAGCCUGGCCGUCACCGGGGACUUGGAGGAGCCUUACACCACGGACAAGAUCACGCUGUGGGUCGUCAACGACAACGGUGGGACCGAUGACACCAACGGUGAGACGCAGCUGCUGCCUCUUAUCCAGCACGUCUAUCAGUGA